CGUCUUCAGCCUUAUUGACACACUGAACUACAAACACUGGUCGACUGCCCUGAUUCCUUCUGGACGGGCUGCUGACCUUCAGGCGUUUCAGUGACCAUGCUGGAAAUACAGUUAGAAAAGAAAUGAAUUCUUUCAAUGAAACAUCGAACUUGGAGAAUAACUAUAUUUUCGCCGAUGAGACUUAUCAACUCCUGACGUUCACCAUCGGAUCUAUCGGUGUCCUGGGCUUCUGUAAUAACAUCAUCGUCAUUAUUCUCUACUGCAGAUUCAAGAGACUCCGAACUCCGACUAAUUUGUUAAUAGUGAAUAUAAGUGUCAGCGAUCUGCUGGUGUCCCUCACUGGAGUUAAUUUCACAUUCGUCUCGUGCGUGAAGAGAGGAUGGGUCUUUAAUUCUGCCACAUGUGUUUGGGAUGGAUUCAGCAACAGUUUAUUUGGUAUCGUGUCCAUCAUGACUCUCUCCGGCCUGGCGUAUGAGCGCUACAUCCGUGUGGUUCAUGCCAAGGUCAUUGACUUCCCCUGGGCCUGGAGGGCCAUCACACACAUCUGGCUGUACUCUUUGGCCUGGACUGGAGCUCCUCUCCUGGGAUGGAACCGCUACACGCUGGAAGUCCAUCAGUUAGGCUGCUCUCUUGACUGGGCGUCUAAAGAUCCCAAUGAUGCUUCCUUCAUUCUCUUCUUCCUCCUCGGAUGCUUCUUUGUCCCUGUGGGUGUCAUGGCCUACUGUUAUGGAAACAUCUUGUAUACAGUGAAAAUGCUGCGCUCUAUCCAGGAUCUGCAGACGGUUCAGACGAUUAAGAUUCUGCGAUAUGAGAAGAAAGUGGCGGUGAUGUUCCUGAUGAUGAUUUCUUGUUUCCUGGUGUGUUGGACACCCUAUGCUGUGGUCUCCAUGCUGGAGGCCUUUGGCAGGAAGAGUAUCGUCUCCCCCACGGUAGCCAUCAUUCCCUCUCUCUUCGCCAAAUCCAGCACUGCCUACAACCCCGUCAUCUACGCCUUCAUGAGCAGAAAGUUUCGCAGGUGCAUGUUACAGAUGCUUUGUUCUCGCCUGGCCAGUCUGCAGCACACCAUUAAGGACCGCCCCCUGGCCCGCAUCGAACAUCCUGUACGUCCCAUUGUGAUGUCGCAUAGCCGCCCUGACCGGCCCAAAAAGAGAGUGACCUUCAACUCUUCCUCCAUCGUAUUCAUCAUCGCUAGCAAUGACACUCGUCCUCUGGACAUCACCACCAAAUACAAUGAUGAACCAGACAUCAAUGCAAUUCAAGUUCGACCCCUUUGACAUUUGCCGUGGUAACA